AUGGGUGGAAUGGGUGGAAUAGGCGGUUUCGGUGGAAUGGGCGGCGGAAUAGGCGGUUUCGGCGGAAUGGGCGGCGGAUUAGCUAGUUAUGGUGAUCAAUUAUUCAUAUAUUAUGCUAACGUAAUCAGCUUUUAUCUGAUACUAUCAUCAACAUAUUUUAUCAAAAUUUACUGCUUUCAAAGAGCUGGCAAUAAAGCAUAAUAUCUAAACAUCACCUGGUGGUCUCCCAAUGGGCGGUAAGUUCAAGCUUUUUGAAUGCUUUUGUAAAAAAGUAAUUUGUAAAAACUUACUUAAUAUGAGAGAUGCUCUUUCUCGAAAUCUAGACUCUAAGAUCGGAUAACUU